CGACAAACACACUUAUCUCUCUCCCUCACUCUAAAAUGAACUUGGCUCCCCUCUUCACCAUCCUACCUUUCUUCAUAUAUAUAUAUACAUAUCCUCUUCUGACAAACACACUUCAUCUCUCUCCCUCUCACUCUAAAAUGAACUUGGCUCCCCUCUUCACUAUCCUACCUUUCUUCUUUUGCUUGACCUUAGGCCAUGGCCACCCCUUUGACCCCCUAACUCUGUCCGAAAUCACCACCAUUGCGUAUAUCAUCAAGUCCUCUAAUCUUGGCUCAUCAAAAACCCAAAGCUUCCAUUAUGUCGGUCUAGAUGAACCUGAUAAGCCCACAAUGCUCUCUUACCUUGGCAUCGCCUCUGACGCCCCUCCACCACCAUGACGAGCCUUCGUCAUUGUUCGCUCUGCCAACCAAACACAUGAAAUUUACAUCGACAUAACCAACAAACGUAUAAUCUCCAAUCACAUCUAUGAAGGUUUUGGCUACCCAGCAUUGACCAAGGAAGAACUAGCCGCAGCGUCUGAGCUGCCAAUGAACUACACACCGUUCAUUGAAUCAGUAAAAAGGAGAAGAGUGCAGAUGAAGGAUGUUGUGUGCAGAACAUUUACAGUAGGAUGGUUCGGCCAGGUGAAGCAAGGGAAGAGAACUAUCAAGGUACUUUGUUUUGUGACUGGGGAUACAGUUAACUUCUAUGUGAGGCCUUUGGAGGGGAUCAUUGUGGUUGUUGAUCUUGAUGCUAUGGAAAUUGCGCACUAUAAGGAUCGGUUUGUAGUUCCAGUUCCAAAAUCGGCAGGCACCGAUUACCGAGCAUCGAGGCAGAAGUGGCCGUUUGGGCCACAGGCGAGGUCGGUUGGGGUCGUUCAGCCGGAGGGGAAGGGUUUCGAGAUUGAUGGCCACAUGAUCAGAUGGGCAAACUGGGUUUUCCACCUGAGCUUUGACAUUAGAGCUGGCACUGUCAUUUCUCUAGCAUCUGUUCAAGAGAAUGACGCAAGUCCCCAUCGGAGCGUACUGUACAGGGGUUUCGUAUCCGAGCUCUUUGUACCAUACAUGGACCCAUCUGAAGAAUGGUACUACAAGACUUACUUAGACGCAGGGGAUUACGGAUUCGGGCUCUCUGCAUCCCCACUCCAGCCCACGACAGAUUGCCCAGCCAAUGCUGUCUUCAUGGAUGGAUACUAUGCUGGCCAAGAUGGACAACCAGUGAAGAUUCAGAAUGUAUUUUGCAUCUUUGAGAGAUAUGGAGGAGAUGCAUCAUGGCGACACACAGAAAUUGGUAUCCCAGGGGAAGUGGUUACUGAAGCUCGGCCUGAGAUAAGCUUAGUGGUGAGGAUGGUAUCAACUGUUGGGAACUAUGAUUAUGUCACGGAUUGGGAGUUCAAGACUAGUGGCUCGAUAAAAUUUGGGGUGUCACUAACAGGAAUCCUAGAAGUUAAAGGCAGCCCCUACACUCAUGUGGAUCAAAUACACACGGACGACCAUGGAACACUUGUAGCUCAAAACACAAUAGCUGUGUAUCAUGACCACCUCAUAACCUACCACUUGGAUCUCGACAUUGAUGGCUACACUAACUCCUUCGUCAAAAACAAGAUCAAAACAGUAAAAGUUAUCGAUGGAGGCACACCUCGUAAGAGCUACUGGACAGUCGUUAAAGAGACAGCAAAGACUGAAGCCGAUGCGAGGAUUGAAAUUGGGUCAGAGCUGGCUGAUUUGUUGAUUGUGAAUCCAACUAAGAAGACCGAGCUUGGAAAUGAUAUAGGAUAUCGGAUUAUUAGUCAUGGCGCUAAAGCGACAUCACUUUUGACUGAUGAUGACUAUCCUCAGAUACGAGCAAGUUACAGUAAGAAGCAGGUGUGGGUGACAGCUUAUAAUAAGUCAGAGAAGUUGGCUGCAGGACUUUAUACUGAUCAGAGCAGAGGAGAUGACAACCUUGCUGUUUGGAGCAACAGGAAUAGAGUUAUAGAGAAUACUGAUAUUGUCUUGUGGUAUACUGUUGGUUUUCACCACAUACCUUACCAAGAAGAUUUUCCACUGAUGUCAAUGCUGGUCGGAGGAUUUGAGCUUCGACCUUCCAACUUUUUCGAGAGCAAUCCGUUGAUCAGGACCAAACCUCACAAACAUGUAACAUGGCCAAACUGCACCAAAUAAUUCUUAGAAAGAAUGCCAAACUUCAAGACUCAAGAGCACAAGCAGAUUACACACGGUAAGUGGAAUGAUUAAUGAGGACUUUUCGUUUCAUGAGAUACUUUCAUGAUGAUUUUAUUCCAAUCCAGAUGAAGCUGCAGUUAAGUAUUCACUGUCUUGAGGAGAUGAAGAAUUAAUUAUAAUAGUUAUUAUACAAUGUGUACUAGUUAUCCGUUUAAGUUUGAAAGGGAGCACCCCGCUUUCAUGAAGACAUGAUAAAUUUUUUUUAAUCUCCAUUGUUGCACGUUAUAAUGCAAAAUUCUAGCAGACUGGUUUCUUCAAGGUUGAACAUUGAUUUUCAGAUUUGCAAUGACCUUCAAAUUUAGCUUUUGGAAAUCCUGUUGUAAUAAAUUCUUGUCUGUUUACACACAGUUGCAUUCAUCUAUUUGGUUUAUUCAUGUUCUCCAGUCCAUUUUAUACUCUCAACAAAUACAGUAUCCCUAUGGGCUUUUUAUUAUAAGAUAACAAAUACGCUAGCUUCUGCCAGUCUAUAAUAUCCAGCACCGAAGUGUGCUACAACUGGGUAGUGAAAGUAAUCAAUAAGUAUAUAUAACUUAGGGCUGAUGUCAACUUUUUCCCAAAGUUUCCAAGGGACCUUUACCGGUUAACUCAAGAAAAAGGUUAUCCCAAUAAUAAAUAUCAA